AUGAAUCGCAGCGUACCCAUCACCGCCAAUGGGAUCAUCCCUGUGUCCCAGAGUGACGUAGCUGGUGUCAUUCCGAUAGCUUUGUCUGUACCAGACUUAGAGGGCCAAGCUAUCCUACGCGUAUUUGCCAAUUCAACAAGAUCAGAGAUCGGCUGCUACUCGGCAAUCAUUACCAACGGAGCAACUUUCUCACAACCAGUAGCGGUCGGCACCGUGCUGGGCUUGUUCACACUCGUCGCUGUGGUUGCCUCUUUUGCAACAAUAGCUUAUGGCAGCCAUAUCCCCACAGUGCGUACACAUUACGCACAUUCACUAUCGAUCUUCGUCGUUUUUGCCGUCUUCCAUCAUAUAUAUUAUACCGGAGCCCUCUCCGUCAAUUGGCCAAGCGUUGUUGUUGCAUGGUGGAGCAAUUUUGCAUGGGCUGGUGGCAUGAUCUACAGCGAAUCGAUGCAGAACAGCAUCAAUCAACUGAUUGGCUCAAAUAAGGGAAACAUCAGCAUGGUCGGCGCCGCAGGCUCUGGACCAUCGUCAGACAGCAUUGGUGGAGGGUAUCAAUUGUCUAAGAUUUACAAGCGAACGGCAGUUGAUAUUUACAAGCGAUGGACCGAUUCUCCCGAAGACUCUAGGAAGAUUCUAAUGCAACGAAGCAUAGAACAUGCUAUCGCUAAAAGAGACCAAUCGAGCAACAGCGUUGCAUCGCCGUGGUACGGGACGCCCGUCAAACCCGGAUUGCCAAUCCCCGGGAACUAUUCUGGCUUCGCAGGUACACUCUCACAGGAGAAUAUACCGGCUUCGAACGCUUUCAUGACUGGCUUUCUGUGGUUUUUAAUCCUUGUUGUCUUGAUGGUCUUCGCGGUUGUGGCAUUAAAAUGGAUCUUAGAAGGUCUCAGUAAGAAAAAUAUAGUGAAGACUGAUCGACUAGGCUACUUUCGAGUCCAUUGGAUAUCCUACGCGGUCCAAACGACUACACGGAUAAUGUUCAUCGGGUUCUUCAUGAUGAUGUUCCUCACGCUUUUCCACUUUACCUUCCACGGAUACGGCGGCGCUACAGCAAUCGCUGCCCUUGUUUUCAUCGUGUUCUUUGCUGCAAUGUCCUAUCUGGCAGGCACAACAUGUUAUGAACGCCUUCGUUACGGUCACUACGAGGUCAGACAAAACAGGCUGCAUUUCGAGAGACGGCGAAUGCUAGGAGUUGUACCAGUGAUUGGUUUAGGAUUGGAGAGUGGAAGGUUGGAGAAGUCGACUUCAAAGCCUUCUUUGGGGUCUCUACCUAUCAAAUCAGUGCAUUAUGUUCGUGGCGAUACACAGCAAGUGGAAGUGCAUCAAGAUGAGCAGUUCAUCUUACAGAAAGGUUGGCUGACGGCACGUUUCCGAAGAACACGAUGGUGGUUUUUCGCCGCGUGGCUUUUCUACGAAUUCAUCAGAGCAUGCUUCUACGGUGGAGCUGCUGGUCAUCCCAUGACUCAAGUCUUCGGGCUUCUUGUGGUAGAAUGUCUUGCUCUAUUCGCUAUCAUCGCCGCGAAACCGUUUGAAGGUGCUCGUUUGAAUGCCUUGGUCGUCUAUCUGCUGGGCUUCAGUAAGGUCGCAACAGUUGCUCUUGCGGCUGCCUUCGACCCUCGCUUCAACCUACCUCGAAUCACGACUACAGUAAUCGGCAUUGUGAUUAUCGUGAUACAGGGUGUAUUGACGAUAGUCUUAUUGAUUGCCAUCAUUGUCGGCGCGAUAUCCAGCUACAUGUCUCUCACCCGCAAUCACGAAGAUUUUAAGCCUCGUAGCUGGGCUGGUUAUCGCGAGCGAUACUUUGCUCACAUCGAGAUGGCAGCCAAAGAUCUCCCACCUACGGCGCCUGCUCCAAGCACUGUAACUCACGAAACCAAAAAGUCCGGGUUUGAUGUCAAAAAUGUUCGUCGGCAGACAAAAAUUCACGAAGAGAAUGAUGAGGACGCUAGCAGCAUUCUCGACCCGGCUGCGUCUCGAGUUUCACUCGUGGCACCCACCACAGCCCGCACGAGCCGAGCAAACAGCAUUGCCUUGAGGGAUGUCUCAGCAAGUAAUCUUCCAUUUGGAGCUAGGAACGUUCAUCGCGCCAGCUGGUCCACACGAGACAUGGAGAAUUUCGGAGGUCUUGAGGAUGUCCGCAACUCCUACCGCAAUAGCGCUGCCGCGUCACAAAGUAAUUCACGGCACACCUCCACCUACGGCAUUCCGCAUAUGCGGAGUGACGGUAGCAUGAGAGGACAGUCUCAGCACCCAGUCUCUCGAGCCCCACUGGGUGAAUACUCCAGCCUCGACGUGAGAAAGUCCAGACCAAACAGCGCUGGUGGUCACCACGCAUUUCGAACGUCUAGAGUCAGUGAAAGGCAGAGCGAAGAGGAUGAGGAUCAAAUCGAGGAGCAGCAACGGCCGAAUUCAUAA